CUGUUGAGCCGGUUUGUCAACUAUUUUUGAACUGGGGAAAAUGGAUAAUUUUGAACAACCACCAUUUUAAGUGAAAUCGAAACAGCUGUAGUCGCCUCGCCGGUCGCCCCGUUAGUUUUCCCGUUCCGAUUGCACCUCGUCUUGCAGUCCGAACCGGUUUCUCUCGAUUUUUCGGUGAGUCUCCUCCGUCGCAGCUCCCAGCUGACCUGCAGUAUCGCUUUAUCCAGCCUGCUGCGUGGGCCAACGAACUCGCAAUCAAAAUCCGUGCUGCCUGCUAUCCCAUCUCCCAGUUUCAAUAAAUAAAUCCGCCCGACUCGGCAGUUGCCUGCGAGAAUGAAGAACGUUUUGGAUGUCAUGUCGUUGCAGCAGCACGUGGAUUCGAACAAGGGCUUGAAGCCCAUCGACUAUAGGAAGCUGAACAAACCCGGACUGGUGCCCCUGUACAUUUUCGAGUGCGCCGCCAAGCUGAAGAUGAAGCCCCUGACGGCUGCCUGUGCGGCCAUUGUGUACCACCGCUUCUUCCGGGAGGUCAAGUCCAGCGACUACGAUGAGUUCCUCAUUGCCGCGUCCUCACUGUACCUGGCUGGCAAGAUCAAAGACGACGACAGUGUGAAGAUUCGCGAUGUGAUCAACGUGGCAUAUUGCACCCUCAACAGGGGCAACGAUCCGCUGGAUCUCAACGACGAGUACUGGUCCAUGCGCGAUGCCAUUGUGCAGGCGGAGCUGCUCAUCACACGCACCCUGGGCUUCGAUCUCAACAUCGACCUGGCACACAAGUACUUACUCUACUACAUGAAGACCCUACAAGACUGGGUGGGCGCCGAGGUGUGGAACUCGGUGCCCAUUGCCAAGGCUGCAGCCUCCUACCUGCAAGACUUCCACCACAGCGCCAACAUCCUCAAGUACAAGCCCACCCAUGUGGCCAUCGGCUGUCUAUCGCUGGCCCUGCAGACAUACGGUGUUCAGGUGCCCCUCACGGACGAGUCCGAUGAGUCGGCCAUGUGGUACAAGCCACUGGUCAAGGACUUUUCCCGCGAGCACCAGUGGGAGAUCAUCGAGAGCGUGAUCGAAGUGUACAAGCAUGAGGCUUUCCUGAAAGCCACCUAAUCUCCAACCCCCUGCCACUCUACCAUUCCCAUUCUACUUAUUUAUUUUCGUUUCGCGCCUCACAUUACUUUCACUUUACGUGCUGUAAGCUCAAAUAAACGUCUAUGGAAUGAAA